AUGUCAUUUCCGCCCUCUGUGAGCACUGCCUUGUCCGCUCCGGGCAAGGUUCUACUUACUGGUGGUUAUCUCGUCCUAGACCGCAAUUAUACAGGCACGGUAAUCGCGCUCGAUGCUAGGAUCCAUGUCAUUGUCCAACAGUUGAGAAGGGGUCAUCGACGUGGUGCGUCCUCGAGUUCAGUGAAAGGAGGGCCCGAAACGGAGACAGUCCAUGACGGAAGUGCUGUGGACGACAAGGAUAAAGAAGACGUAGUGGUUGUCCGCUCGCCACAAUUUGUCGACGCUCUGUGGGAAUACAGCAUACAGCGUUGUGAGAAUGGGGGCGGUAUCAAGGUGGCUCAGAAAAACGAAGGGCGUCGUAAUCCAUUUGUCGAAACUUCUCUCAACUAUGCCCUUACUUACAUUAGCUACGUCGCUGACUCGAAGGACUUUGGAUCUCUCUCCGUGACAAUCCUCGCUGACAAUGAUUACUACUCCGAGACCGCCUUCUCCAAAGCUUCCAAGGCUCCUGGAAGGUUCGUGAACUUUGGUGUUCCCCUCCAUGAGGCGCAUAAGACAGGAUUAGGUUCCUCUGCCGCUCUGGUAACCGCCCUGGUAUCGUCCCUGGUCAUUCAUCGAACUUUACAACCGGACGACCUCGGAGCUUCUCGGGACAAGCUACAUAACUUAGCACAGGCUGCGCACUGCGCCGCUCAGGGUAAAGUGGGAUCUGGGUUUGACGUGGCUGCUGCUAUCUAUGGCUCUUGCUUAUAUCGUCGAUUCUCCCCGAGCGUCUUGGAAUCCGUUUGUGAUGUCGGUUCCCCUGGAUUCGAAGAUCGACUAUUUGCAGUUGUGGAGGAUGCCGAUCCUAAUCAUCCUUGGGAUACGGAAUGCCUAGACUUCGGCAUGCGACUUCCUCGAGGCAUGCAGAUGGUCCUGUGCGACGUUGAGUGCGGCUCAAACUCCCCUUCUUUGGUCAAGAAAGUGCUCGAGUGGCGAAAGCAAAACCAGCAGGAAGCCGAUCUUCUUUGGGCGGCCCUCCAGUCGAACAAUGAAAGACUGUGCCUUCAACUUAAGCAGCUAGCACAGAGUCCCAAUCAAGAAUCUCCCGAAGAUUUCAAUGACGUCCGCAGCCUCAUCCAGCGCUCACGAAAUCACCUUCGCAGCAUGACCCGCAAGGCGGGAGUCCCCAUUGAGCCAAAAGUACAAACAGAGCUGCUCGAUGCCGUGUCAGCAAUUGACGGAGUCAUUGGGGGUGUAGUUCCCGGUGCGGGUGGGUAUGACGCGAUUGCUGUCUUGAUCCGGGAUGAUCCACAGGUGUUAAAGAAGUUGAGCGAGCUCUUCGAGAACUGGGAAAGCAAGGUGGAGGACGACUUCGGUGGCAAGAUAGGAAACGUCCGGCUCCUUGGAGUGCGUCACGGCUCUGAUGGGGUCAAGAAUGAAGUUCUUGAGCAGUAUGCCGGAUGGAUUUAGGUUGAGUGUCGUCACCAGCCCCUAGCUUACAUGCUCAUCAUGCGCAAUGAACAACCCAAGCCUACAUAGUAUUUGGGGGAUGCUGUGUCUGAUAUCCAUCCUAAAAUACUUACUGACUUCCACUGCUCAAUCUCAGCGUUAAUGUCUGCUUUCUUCCUUUUACUUCCACUCCCACAAGCAUUCUGUUACGAUAGCGACGCCAGUGACGAAGAGC